UUUUUUUUUUGCCUCGGUUGAAAUCUGAGUUCAGCUAAACUUGGGCCCUCCCCGGAGAGGACCCGUUCGGUCGUGCCGGUGGCCCGUGUGUGUUCGGUUUUAGUUUUUGUUUUCCUUUCCAACAUGGCAGCCUCCAGCCGCGCGCAAGUCUUAGACCUGUACCGGGCGAUGCUGAGAGAGAGCAAGCAUUUCAGCGCCUACAACUACAGAAUGUAUGCUGUCAGGAGGAUAAGAGAUGCCUUCCGAGAAAAUAAGAAUGUAAAAGAUCCUGUCGAAAUUCAAGCCCUAGUGAAUAAAGCCAAAAGAGACCUUGAAGUCAUCCGUCGACAGGUCCAUAUUGGCCAACUGUAUUCAACUGACAAGCUGAUCAUUGAGAACCAGGAGAAGCCCAGAACCUAAGGACUGGGACUGAGGACCCGCGUCAGCAUCCAUUCUCUGUGGAGUGGGGCCUCCCAGCGCCAGCUAAGCACCGCCUCUUGCUCUGCCUGCCCCGUAGGAGCUGAUGAACUGAGCCACGUGCCCACUCCGUCCCACACAGCGGGAGGCCUGGCUUUCUGCCCUGGGCUCUGUGUCAGCACGAAGACCUGGAGGCGCUCAGACUGGUGCUGCGCGCUGCUGUGUCCCUCUCUGCCCACCCCGCCUCCGUCUCGCACACCGCGUAUGCUUGCCUAGGGCCUUUGCAGACUCUUCCUUAGUCCUUAACAAUAAACAGAAUUCUCUCCCUUCCUUUUGCACCAAAUAAACCCAGUAUGACGAAUGUAA